UUUUGAUAUGUCUCCGAUCGCACUCAAGACGAACACUGGGCGGCCAUUUUUAUAGAGGAGAAGAGCACAGUUUUCUCUUUUCUUUGAUAGCUAAGCAGUUUCCGUUAAUAUUUGGCUAACGUUUAAUUUCUGGUAAGGUAUUAUCAGGUCAGAAGAAAUGGCUAACUAUGAUGAGCCCAUCUCUGACGCAGAAAAGGUCAAAAUAGCCUCAAAUUUCAUAAACCAUGCACCGCCUGGUGAAUUCAAUGAAGUUUUUAAUGAUGUACGUGUUUUGCUGGCAAAUGAUCACUUAUUAAAAGAAGGAGCUUCAGCCGCCUUUGCACAAUACAAUACUGAGCAAUUUACUCCAUGCAAAGUUGACGGUUCAGACGAGCCUGUUUUAAUCACAAAACAUGGUUUGGUGGAAAGCACAACCUUCUUCGACCCUCGUAGUAAACAACAGUUUAGUUAUGACCAUCUUCGAAAGGAAGCAAGUAAUGUGGAACCACGUGACGCAGACGAAACUGCGGAGUCAUGGCGCUCUGCAGUCGAUGAUGCCCUUCGGAAAUAUGUUAAGGCUCAUUAUGCUGAUGGAGCUUUGACCGUGUAUGGCAAAUCAUCAGGAAACGAUAUCACAAUCACAGCCUGUAUAGAAGAUCACAAAUUUCAACCUCAAAAUUUCUGGAAUGGGCGUUGGCGUUCAGAGUGGUCUGUAACAUUCACGCCCGGAGGAUCAGCAGAAUUAAAAGGUGUUUUCAAGCUACAAGUUCACUAUUACGAAGACGGCAAUGUGCAGUUAGUGUCUAAUAAAGAACACACUAAAAGCAUCACCAUUUCGGACGCGUCUAGCUUAGGUAAAGAUUUUGCAAAGACUGCAGAAGACGCGGAAUCAGCUUACCAGCGUGGCAUCGGAGACAACUAUCACACGAUGUCGGAGACGACGUUCAAAGCUCUUCGACGGAUGUUGCCGAUCACUCGCACGAAAAUCGACUGGAACAAAAUUGUGUCGUAUAGUAUUGGAAAGGAACUCACAAAAAGUUAAAUUAUUUUACUUACGCUUCAUUUAUACACGAUUUUUGUAGAAUCAACUCGAACGAGUAUGUUUCUGUUAACAUUCUAAACACAAGUUAUAAAUAAUAAUGUAUUCUGAUUUGAUAAGUUCUCUUCACUUUCUGUACUUUUUUUAUGACUAAAACAUUUGUCUACGUAUGAGGUUAUUUUUGGGAAAAAUCAUUUCGCUUGGUAAAGUCAAAAAUCUCUCGGCUCUUUGAAGCAUUUUGUUACUUUUACUGUAAAAAUAUAUUCUGCUGAUAUAAAUUGUUUUGUGUUAGGUCUUUGUGUUUUGUGUUUAAUGUUUCAUGUGUGCAAAUUUGAAAAACCUUCCUACUUUUUUCUACUGAUAAUCUUGUCGGUAAAAUGGAGAAACUUUGCAAACAAAAUGGAAGUAAUUUUGUAAAACAGUAGACGCAUUAAGAAGUUUUUCUUCUUUUCUCUGGUAAUGAUUAGUUUACUAUGCAUUAAUAUUUAAAUAAUUUUCUUGGUGCAGAAAAGGAAGUAAAAAAAUGGUCAAUUUUAUAAUAAAAAUAUUGCGAGCUUUUAUUUACGAGAAGAAACGAUGAGAGUUGGAACGAUUUAUUAAAGUUUUUUGCCCUGUCUUAUCAUUUUGUCAUCAAAUGAAGCGGUCGUUUCUUUUGUCAGCUAGAACAUAUUUUUUUCUUUUCGAAUAUAAAUGUAUGAAUUUAAAGCACUGUUGUCUCGGUAAUUCAAACCUUUUUUUCUUGACCUUAAAAAGUGACUCGGUUAAUUCUUAAGACUUAUGUUGAUAUGAUGAUUCAAAAUAAAAACUUAUUUAAAUUUCGUGCAAAUGAGGCUAAGCGAGGUCAUACCUGGUUAGCCUCGUUCGCAUAAAAAACCUUACUUGCCUUUUUUCUUGUUUACAUAGAAAUAUAUAGAUUUUCUAGAAA